UUUUCAGAGUCGGUUUUUAAACUGAUUAUGUAAUCGAGAUGGGGAACCAGGUUUCCAGCGCGGACAGCAAACCCGAAGAGUAUGGCCGGAGUAUGCAAUACCGCUACCGUCAUGCUGAUUUAAUUGGCAGGGGAUCGUUCGGCGUUGUUUACAAAGCCAAAGUUACAAAGCGUGGCAAUUAUACAGGCGAGGAUAUUGUUGCUGUCAAGGUUGUACAUAUCGGUUAUGUCGAAACAGCUCCUGACCAUGACAACUGGGUGGCAGCCGCAAAACGACUGCGCAAGCUUACUGAACUGUUUCACGAAAAUCUCGUUGUUUAUCAUAAAGUUGCCAUUACCAAAGCUUCCGGUGGAACCACCAUCGAGCUUGCAAUGGAAUAUCACCAAGGUGAUCUCGCUUCCUUUCUAAAAGAAGCGGAGAAAACCGAAAACCAUCUGCAUGCUGAUACCAAGCUUAAACAAUUCGCAACCGACAUCGUUCGAGGAUUGGAAUACCUGCACCAAAAUGGCAUAAUUCAUGGCGAUUUAAAACCGGAAAAUAUUCUAGUGCAUAUAUCAGAUGAUGGUCAUGAAACGCUUCUGAUUGGUGAUUUGGACGACUUAGUGCAAAUGCGCGAAAUCUCAACGUGUUCGGCAGACAUUUCGCAGUUGCGCGGUACAACGCGCUAUAUGUCGCCAGAAAUGCUCAAGAAAUUUUCUCAAGAAGGAACAGAGGCACCGGGCAGAACAACGGAUAUUUGGAGUUUAGGUUGCAUUGUGCUGGAAAUGGCUGAAAGUUUUAAACGCUUACCCAAAAAACGACUAAUUAGAGGUGGAAAGAUCGUGGAUGUUGCAAAGGAUCAAACGAAUCUCCGGUACGCCAGGCUGAUUAUCGAAGGUUUCGUGCCCUUUAUCAGUGAUGAGGUUGAAGAGAACACGGCAGAUCUCAUCCGCAACUGCUUGGAUCCAGUUAGUAAAAACAGAUUAUCUGCAAAAGAGCUGCUGCAUAAGCUAGAGAGAAAAGAGGUUAUAGUAUUUCUUCUCUAUUGCGGCAAUGACGUCCGACAGUCUAUGGUAUUCGAUCCCGCAAAUAGCUCGUUCUGUGCUGAAGACACAUUAAGCAAACCGACGCCCUCAGGCCUGAUGUCACGUUACUGGCUACAGUUAGCAGCGACGGACACAGAAAUAGUUUUCACUGAAGGAAUAGAUCGCUUGGAAAACAUUUACGGGAAAUUCAGUUUCUGGGAUGUGGGAAACGGAACGUGUCGGGAGCUGACGCCUUCAUUGGAUAUAUUUUUUCACAUGCACCCGAUCGUGGUGAACCAGAAACUUUAUGUCUGGGACUACUUUGAUUCCUUUCAAGAGAUGGAUAUUUUUACUGGACAAGUUGUACGCCUGAAGGAUCCUCCUGCAAUAGCUCGCGACGGCAAUCUUGGCUACAUUCAGGCGGUGGCAAAGCGUGGUAAACAUAUAUUUUAUGCGACAUUUCCCGGGAUGCACCGACAUAAUACCGUAACCAUGCACCAGUAUGAUACCGGAACCAACGAAUGGAAAUCUUUGCCAGAUUUGCCCAAAAGACGGGAUAAAUUUGCAAUGGUUGUGGUGGAUGGACACCUGUACGUCUUGGGCGGGGAAAUUGCUGAACCCGGUGGCAUCUUUCCCACAGCUGACUGCAUUCGACUGAAUCUGGACACCGGUGCCUGGGAUCAAACUGAGGCCCUUGGGCAGCCGAGGUAUGAUCAUGCCGCUUGCGUGAUCAAGGACCGCAUAUACGUUUGUGGCGGAAGACAUUCGGCGAAAUACCAUGCGCUUACAAUAGAAUUUUACGACACGAAAUGCCGCGCUGGAUGGUCGUCCGUCAACUUGUCAGAUAAGAGUAUCGACCUGAUGUCGAGCUUGGCGGCGCGUUGCAAGAAUUAUUACGAUAAUCUGACUGCAGUAUCCGUCAAUCUGGGCAGCAAUACCCCUCUCAGUCCAAACCUUGUCAGCUGACUGUGUUUAAACCGUUUAACUGAAAUAAAUUAGAGUAGUAGUGUAGUACUACUACUCUAAUUUAUUAAUGAUUUCCACAGCAGACACACAUUCAUAGAGCAUUUCAUGGCACAGCGGCACCCGCAUACACCUAAUCGUAUUGAACAUUCAAAACGAACAACAAAAGUUUGCGUGAUAAAUUUAUUUUGACAGUGGGAAUUCACUGAAAUGUCAUCCAGUCAAUGUAACAGUGCUGGUAUCCAAAGUGCAAGUUUUAAAGUUAAAAGUUAAGGGGUAAAAAAGUGUAAAAAAAGAAGAGUAAAAAUUACUAACAGCCGUCCAGGUUCUCCCACGGAUUCGUUAUCUUCGGAAGCCGGUGUGGUUACAGAACUAACUACCGAUGGCUUGUUCCGAUGUCCUCAAAGCAACAUUAAACAAAGGCCAGACAUGCGUCAUCCCAUUAGCAGCGCGCUAAAGCAUUUUGGUUAUCGUUUUUCGAUUCAGCGCAAGUAGAGAUGGGCAGACCUGCAAGUUGCCUAAACGCAGACUUUCAAAUUUUCUCAUAUCUAAACUAUUCCAUGCUGCCGUCUCAUCCAGAUUUCCACAAUUCAGCACUCCAUAGCUGUAAAGAUUACCAACAAUAUAAGCAACAGGUGUCAUAAAUGGAAUUAUGGAGUAAAUAUAAUGGGAUAUGCUAAUAACUGAUACAGGUAUCCUACAUACAUGCAACAUCAAAGGUCACCAAAUUAGAACGUUAUUUGGCCGGUUAAACUCACAACUGGAGCAACCAUCUGAGGCCGUCCCACUUCUUGCCCGGAUACCGAACCGUACGAACCCAGUGAGCAUGCACUCUUUUCAAACGCUUCCUGAUGCCACACUCCGUGUAGCUAAAUGGAUGGAUCUUCGGAUUUUGAAAGAUAGUCUACAUCGAGCGCGGUUUGGAUUUGGAUGGGUGACCACUCUGAGUUCAGGCUGCGAGUGCAUGGCCCGCAAGGCUGUGUGCGACGUGGUUAGUCGGCAUCAGCGCUGACCGUACUGAGUGGCGUGUGCGUUUCUUCGACGCCUGGGCUUAAACGGAUCCUCCAUGGUUCAACUCGCUCGUCGCAUCAGGAUAAAGCACCCGCGCUCCAUUCCUCAUUCAACUACGGAUACGGCCGAACGAUACGGAUCUUGUUGUUAUAGCGUUUAGUCUGCGUGCUUUAUACACGUUUAUGUCAAUGCUUAGCCAUUGUCUAGUGUGCCAGUGCAUGGGUCUAAUAAUGCUUGCAAUUCUGAGCUGUGUUGUAUCAUAUGCCUUCUGUAGCGGAGUUUGAUAAUGAGCGUGUGUUGUGUUCGGCCAGGUUUAAAUUCCCAUGCUGUGUAUGCAAAACACAGCAGGUUAAUGGGUUACCUGCUACCGAGAUGAAACUAUUAAACUA